UUGAGAGAAACAUGUUGUUUUUACUAUUAUUAGUUACAUUAACUUCGAUGUUAAUUUUAUACUUCAUUAAACUGUCGACUAAGAAUUUUGAUUAUUGGAAAAAACGAGGCGUGAAAUAUGUUAAACCUUUUCCAUUUGCUGGAAAUUUAUUACCAACGCUACUGAAAUCAAAAUCAACAGCUGAACUUAUACAAGACCUGUACAACGUUUUUCCUAAUGAAAGGUUUGUGGGAAUUUUUCAGUUUAACACUCCUAUUUUGUUAGUAAGAGAUCCUGAAUUAAUCAAGCUUAUUACAAUUAAAAACUUCGAAAAUUUUGUUGAUCAUUUUGGAUUCUCUAAUGAAAAAGUUGAUCUUUUAUGGAGCAAAAAUUUGUUUGCAAGUAAAGGCGAGCGAUGGCGUGACCUUCGACAAACUUUAAGUCCCGUGUUUACAAGCAGUAAAAUGCGAGCAAUGUUUGUCCUGAUGGAUGAAUGUGUAAAACAAUUAAUUGAAUAUUUUAAAGAUCAAAAUCAAAAUGUUGUGGACGUUGAAUUAAAAGACAUUUUUUCAAGAUAUACCACAGAUGUUAUUGCUACUACAGCAUUUGGAAUUAAAGUAGAUUCGUUAAGAAAUAGAAAUAAUGAGUUUAUGGUAUCAGGACGAGAAUUCACUAACUUUACAGGAUUCAGAAGACUGGUGUUUUUUAUAUAUGGAAGUUAUCCAAAACUUGCCAAACUUCUGAAUAUAAAAAUGAUCCCUGAUCGCUUAGGUAAUUUCUUUAAAACAAUUAUAAAAGAAACUAUUACUUUACGAGAAGAGAAAGAAAUUAUUCGGCCUGACCUCAUCCAUUCAUUAAUGUUAGCAAGAAAAGGCAAAUUAAAAUACGAAGAACAAAUGGAUUUACCAGAUGCUGGUUUUGCCGCAGUAGAAGAAUCUAACAUGACAAAAUCUAACAACAAUGUAAAUUUUUUAAGUAAUGAGGAUAUAACCGCACAAGCUCUUGUUUUUUUUAUCGGUGGUUUUGACACAACUUCCUCACUGAUGUGCUUCGCUGGAUACGAGCUUGCUAUUAAUCCUCACAUUCAAAAAAAACUUAAAGACGAAGUCAAAGCUACUGAACGUGAUUGUAACGGUCAAAUUACGUAUGAAAAGCUUUUAAAUAUGAAGUACCUUGACAUGGUAGUGUCUGAAACAUUGCGUAAAUGGAAUCAAGCAUUAUGGCUCGACAGAAAAUGUACCAAAGAAUUUGAAAUUCAAUCUGAGAAAAGUGGUGAACCUUCAGUAAAAAUAAAAGUAGGCGAUAUUGUUUGGAUGCCUGCUUAUGCUAUUCAUCACGAUCCAAAAUAUUAUCCUAAUCCUGAUGUUUUCGAUCCCGAACGGUUUAGUGAUCAAAAUAAGGACAACAUUAAGACAGCAGGCACUUUUCUACCAUUUGGAACUGGACCAAGAAAUUGUAUUGGUUCUCGAUAUGCUUUAUUAGAAACUAAGAUUUUGUUGUAUUAUAUUUUGCUUAAUUUUGACAUUGUUACCAACAAAAAAACUAAAAUUCCGAUAAAACUGCGAAAGGACGUUCCCUUUCUCUUACCGGAAAGUGGUUUUCAUGUCAGUCUUAAAAAAAAUAAUGUUUCUUAAGGAUUUUGUAAAUUAUAAAUUUUCAGUGCUAAAUGUUAUAAUGUUAUUAAAAAAUAAACAAUUUGAUUAUGUUUA